UCCUCAAGGCUUCCCAAAGUUCCAGAAGAAAGAGUAGCUACUCUUUCUCCAAUCGCUGCGUAUUUCUUCAAAGUAUCCAAAGGCAAUGAAAAUGAAAAGUGUUUAUUUUGUGGCUGGGUUGCUUUUAAUGAUAGUCCAAGGCAGCUGGCAAAAUCCCCUUCAAGACACAGAAGAGAAAUCAAGAUCAUUCAAAGCUUCCCAGUCUGAACCACUAGAUGAAUCUAGACAGCUGAAUGAAGUGAAGCGUCAUUCACAAGGCACAUUCACCAGUGAUUACAGCAAGUACUUGGACACUAGACGAGCUCAGGAUUUUGUGCAAUGGUUAAUGAGCACUAAAAGAAAUGGACAACAAGGACAGGAGCAGAGAGAGAAUGAAAAAUAUCUGGACCCGCUCUCAAGCAAUGGACUUGCCAAGCGUCAUGCUGAAUUUGAGAGACAUGCUGAGGGCACCUACACCAGUGACAUUACCUCAUAUUUGGAAGGUCAAGCUGCCAAGGAAUUCAUUGCUUGGUUAGUGAAUGGACGACGAAGAAGAGAUUUCCCAGAAGAAGCUCUUACAGCUGAAAAAAUGGGCAGAAGACAUGCAGAUGGCACUUUCACCAGUGAUAUCAACAAAAUCCUUGAUGACAUGGCUGCCAAAGAGUUCUUAAAGUGGCUGAUUAACACAAAAGUUACCCAAAG